CGUCUGUCGACUCGGACCCAAACACCAACUCUCAGCCGAUUAACAUGGCUGGCGCGGGCGAUCUUCCUCCCGGUUUCGGCGGCCUCGGCGGCGCGCCCCCCGGCGGCAUGCCCGGCAUGCCCCCUGGCGCACCCUUCGACAUGAGCAAGAUCAAGGAGAUGCUGGAGGAUCCCUCCAUCAAGGAGAUGGCCAAGCAGAUAUCCGAGGACCCCUCCUUCAAGGCGAUGGCCGAGAACAUGCAGCAGGCGAUGGCCGCCGGCGGUGCCAUCGGCGCCGGCCCGGGCGGCGCCGGCGGCAUGACCAUGCCGGGCAUGCCCCCCGGCAUGCCCCCCAUCGACCCCAAGGCUGCCAUGGAGGCCAUGCAGGGCGUCAUGAAGAACCCCGCGUUCAUGCAGAUGGCGGAGAAGCUCGGCACGCAGAUGAUGCAGGACCCCCAGAUGGCGUCCAUGAUGGCGAGCAUGCAGGACCCGGCGACGACGGAGAAGAUGAAGGCUAAGAUGGAGGCGCUGAAGGAGGAUCCCGAGAUGGCCGAGAUCAUGAAGGAGAUUGAAACCGGCGGGCCGUCGGCGAUGAUGAAGUACUGGAACGAUCCCAAGGUUCUCCAGAAGAUCUCCGGUGCCAUGGGCGACGUGAUGCCCGGUUUCGGGGCUGGCGGCCCGGUCCAGGCGGAGACCGAGGAGGACGGCGAGGACGAGGAGGAGGGCGAGGACGAGGACGACGGCGAGGAGACGGUGAUGACCGCCGCCUCCGCCGGAGACGCCGACGCCCUCUCCGAGCUCAUCGCCGCAGGCGCCGACGUCAACGCCUCCGACUCCGAGGGCAGGACCGCGCUCCACUUCGCGUGCGGCUACGGCGAGAUGAAGUGCGCCGAGAUGCUCAUCGACGCCAAGGCUAACGCCGACGCCGUCGACAAGAACAAGAACACGCCGCUUCACUACGCCGCGGGAUACGGCCGCGCGGACGUCGUCAAGCUUCUCGUGGACGCGGGCGCCUCCGUGACCCUCCGCAACCUCGACGGCAAGUCCCCGCUCGACGUCGCCAAGCUCAACGAUCAGGAGGACGUCGUGCAGGCGCUCGAGGCGGACGUCUUCCUCUAAACCGAGAAACUGCCGAGAAACCUCACUGCACAUACGAUUGAUGAAAAGACGUCGUCGAAAUAUUUUUAAUGCGAACGACAACCCUAUCUA